AUGGCAAACGGCAGGCUGGAGGUCCUGUUGGUGGAAGCUCAAGGUAUCAGAGACAGAGACAAAUGCAUUCCUGGUUGCUUAAAUUGCCUAAAUCCUUGUAAUCUAGCAACAAAGCCUUACGUACACAUCCUGUACGGAGAGCAGGAGCGUACCAGCUGCGUAGCCAAAGGGAAAGGAAACAAACGAGAGUGGAAUGAGAAAUUCGCGUUUGAGGUGAAGUAUCCGGAUGGCGGAGAAGAUCGCGUGUAUAAGAUCAUAUUUCGCGUCAUGGACCAACACAAGUUCACCGACGAUGUUUUUGUUGGCGAAUCUACGGUGUACGUAAAAGAUAUACUAUCAAUCGGGGCAGAGAAGGGGAAGCUUGAAGUUCAACCUCGCCUCUAUAGAGUUGUUCAAUCGGACAAGUCCUACUCUGGAGAAAUUUCUGUUGCAUUUACCUUCACCAAGAUCAAAGAUGGAAUAGAAGAAAAUCCUGAAGGCCGGAAGGAAUGCGCUAAUCAAGAAUGAAUGGAAUUAUUAAGGACAAGCGAGUCGAG